AUGAGAUGUCCACAGACAUGUGGUCGCACUAAUCAUACGAAUAUUGGUCGAGGUAUUCACUUAAAGUUUGGUAGUUGUCAGCAACAAAUACGUAACAUCUACAGAUUUCUGCAGCUUUAUUCACGUUUAGAUGUUAAAAAUAAAUGUAACUGUAAUAAUGAAAGUAUCCAGGCUUUCAUCCAUAAGACCAAUAAAAUGUUGAACGAAGAUUUGGAAAGUUCACUUAUGAAGGAAGUAGAAGAUGUCCUGAGUAAAGCACACAUAACUCUUUUACCACAACAAGCUCAAGAAAAAUCUGUCCUCUUAUUAAAAUCUGAGAAGUCCAUGUUGAAGUCAGAGCGCAGAAGAACCACCUGUGAAAGCAAAACUCAGAGAGAGAUUAAUACGACUGUAGUAAAACAGAAAAAGUGUGUCCCUGUACAUAUGAAGGCUCCGUACAAAGCUGAUAUUUUGUCAAAACGCCAGCCAGUUAAACCGUUCAGAAAAGCGGAAAAAUAUGUUGGUGAAAGUAAAGAACAUGAAAUCGUGGAAUGUAGUGAACACAAAAAGUCUGUUCAGCAAGAGCACCUUGUAAUUUACUCACAUGUAGUGUGCACUUGCAGUCAGAUUCAGACAGCAGCGUUGGUUAAGCAGGUGGACAAGGAUUUUCAUCGUCUGCGGACUUUAGUCCUGAGAACAGAGCAGUUAGCAAGAUGGGAAGAUGGAGGAAUUCUGUUGAAGUUAUAUCGAAAAGCUAUAACUGCAUUUAAGGCUAGCGUACAUUUUCCCACCCAGAAGUGCAUCUUUGCCGGAGGUUUACUUGACAAAUUCUUCAGUUUUGUACAGUUCAUCGAUACACGGAUUGGGAACCCGGAUGAAAUAUGUUGGAUACAGAGUGUCUUAUCAAGAUUUAUCCAUCUGUUGAAUACGUUAAAGUUAAUUUUCUCAAGAGUGGAUUGUGGGUCAAUGAAUACACGCUUAUCGUCAAAAUAUGCUGAUCAUGAUUCAUCCGCUGAAGAUGAUCCUGUAAGUGCCUGGUUUGCUUCAAGACAACCAGUUAAAUCAUUUGUUCCCCCAAAUGCAUAUGAAGCCUACAUGACAAUAGGGAGAUGCUCGAGUAAAUCAAGAAUAUCCCGUUUAUCAGCACUGAAGCUGUACCCAUAUUUGUGUGUAUUCAAAGGUAAUAAGAAGGAAAUACAUAUGUUUACAAACCUUUGGAGUGAACUUGAAUGCAUUCAAGUUGAUCUUGAGUUUCUCAAUACUUUCAAGUCAAAUCUCCCAGAAUUACUUGCUGAUCUAUUUGACAAUACUGAGAAUCGUGCAUCGGCUUUCCGUGAUUUGUACUCACUUGUCUGUGAAAGUAGUCCUUCAGUUUUGAAAAGUAACUUAUGUUAA